UGCAGCCGAUAGAGAGUUUCCACUCGGAAACGAUCUUCCAAAUAUUCGUCGGCGUAAAUAUUCUUAGACUUUACUGAGUGCUUUGUUUUUAGUUUGGAAAUGGAAGAAGAUCAUACGGAGAAUAAGAGAAUGAUUUCUUGAUUUUAUUAGCCAUGAUCGAGGUGAAAGUGCGCCUACUCCGUGGUUCUGUCUUCUUCGCUGGCGAAUGUAUCGAGUGUGAAAUUAUUUUUACAAACGUCGCAGAUGGCAAGAAAGGGACCUGCAAUCAUCCAUGUAAUCAGGUUAAUAACGAGUGUUCCAUUGGGAGCAAUGAAACCGACAGAAUUGCUUGGGCGAGCGCUCAAAUACAUUGCCAGUGUACGGUAAACGAAUCUCGGGUUCUUCUUCCAACUACGAAUUCGAGAAUGGAUCGAACGCUAAACCAAAUUUCGCCGGAUGCUAAUGCUUCCUGUACAAGCUUCGUUCCCUCAAGAGGAGAGCAAGGUCGCUGUUUAUUGUCUACACAACCGAAGAUAUUGUUUUGUGAUCUGGAGCUUGCUCCUGGAGAAUCUAGAACUUAUUUUUAUAGUGACACAAUUUCAUUUGAUGGAGUGCCCUCAUACAAAGGACAUGCAGUGAAAUAUUCUUACAAGAUCACUGUGGGCACCAGUAGAGUUCAAGGACAUUCCAAACUUUUAAGAUUACCUGUUAGAAUAUUGUCGUCACAAGGACUUGGUAGGAUUGAACAAUUUUUAUGCAAGCAAGAAAAUUCUCAAAAUCCAUUUUUAGACGAUUCUACCCCAGAAACCUCUCUAUUAGAUUUAGCAGUGGACAUUUUAACUACAGUCACCUCUAAAAGAAAUUCCCAUGUGUAUAACAUUGUCAGUAGCAGAGGAUCUAUAGGAAAGUUUUGUCUCUUUAAAUCUGCUUAUCGCAUUGGUGAAGAAAUUGUAGGAUCCUUUGACUUCUCGGACUCUCUAGUUAUUUGCCUCAAGUUUUCAGUUGUCCUGCAAAGUGAAGAACACAUUCCUGAGAAUUCACGCAAUCCUUCAAAGCAAUCUCCAGAUGUAACAUACUCUUCUUUCACUUCUGUUCAAGAAAAUUGUUUGCACACCAAAAAGACACAUCUAGUUUUACCCAUACCUUACACUGCUUGUCCAGAAUUUGUCUCAGAAUUAGUUUGUUUGAAAUGGAGACUUCAUUUUGAGUUUACAUUAGCUCUGUCACCAUUACCUGGGGGAGGUAGUCCUGUUCAACCAACAACUCCUUAUACAGACACUGCAUCAUGGCAGGGCCCCUCUGACAUUCAGGCAGAAACUAUGUCAUGGGAUCUGCCCGUCAAAAUUAUAGCUACAAAUCCACUGCAUGCUUCUUCUAUCUCAAUGCACAAGACAAGUAGUACAAUGGUUUUCUAAGGUGUGGGACUAGUGGAGGUUGUGAGUUCUGCUUUCAGUGGCACCCCAGGUGACCUCAAGUGCAAAGCAAUGAAUAUGCCUUACUCAGUGAGGAUCUGGGUGUAUGUGGAGAGCUUUUUUCCCAGGAUAGUGUACAUGUUGUGUUGAGGAAACCCAGACACCGCCAGCUCUUGGUGAGACUACAGUGUUAGGUGGAGAAACAACUUUUUCUUUUAUUACAGAACAGAAUCAUUUAUUUUUGACUUUUUACUUUGCCUAAGAGUUUGCUCACAGAGAUUUUAGUAAAGGAUUUUGAAAGGGACAAAGAUUCUCAAAAUAAUGAGAGGAAACCAUUGACAACAAAAUGAGUAAAUAAUAAUUGUCUCCCCUCUAAUUUAAGAUGGUGAAUGCUUAUUUCAGUUAAUAACUAAAAUUGCACAAAUUCUAGAUAGAGGUAUCCAAAAUCAUUCAGUUAGAAAUCAAAUGCAGUGCCCUUAAAUUUACCACAAACUCACGCAAUAAACAUAAAACUGAUGAACUUUUUAAAUUAUCUUAUCAUCAGUGAUCUUAGACUCUUGUGUUUCUCAAAUGGUACCUUUUGUUCCCCAUUUAAGUUAUUGAGUUUUGACUGUGUCACAAGGUCACAAUGCAGAUGUGUGACUAGCUAUAGUUCAGUGUCUCUGAAAUGACAAGGAUGACCAAAUGACAAGGAUGACCAAAAGUAAUAUAUAAAUUUUGAAUUGAUUAUUUUCCACAAGACACAUCUUACUUUGAGUAUCUUGACACAUUUUUUUUUUUAUAUGAAAACAGUCACUUGUAAACAUAUCAUCUUAUGGUUUUUGUGACAGUAGUAACUUGGCUUGAGAUGGAUAUCUCGCACAGGAAGAAAUUGUUGAUGCCGGUAACUCCAAAGUUCUGAUUGUGAAUUCUCCACUUUAGCUACUCCACAUUUUUUAUUAAAUUAGUUAGGAGAAUCUGGUGUUGGUCCAGAAUAACUACUACCAGAUAAUAAUUUGAAUAUAUCAACAAAGUUGAAAUGGUAAAUUGACCACCGUUACG